ACGUGAGGCGGAAGCGGCGCGGGCCGCCAUGGGGGGCUCGGCCAGCGGGCUGCCGCGGGAGGCGCUCGGGGAGUACCAGGAGCUGACAUUCCUGACCAAGCAGGAGAUCCUGCUUGCCUACAAGAGGUUCAGUGAACUGCUGCCAGAGGAGGAGAAGGAGAAUGCCCGCUCAGUUCGGAUUCCCAAGAGCAGGAUCCUGACGUUGCCUGAACUGAGGGCAAACCCCUUCCGGCACCGCAUCUGCCGGGUGUUCUCCACCUCAGAGAAUGGGGAUGACAGCAUGUCCUUUGAAGACUUCCUUGAUAUGCUGAGUGUCUUCAGCGACUCUGCUACCUCAGAGAUCAAAUCCUACUAUGCUUUCCGCAUCUUUGACUUCGAUGAUGAUGGGGCUCUGGACAAAAAGGACCUGGAGAAGUUGGUGAACUGUCUGACAGGAGAAGGUGAGGAGUCCAGGCUGAGCAAUGCAGAGAUGGAGCAGCUUAUCGAGAAUAUCCUGGAGGAGUCUGACAUCGACAAGGAUGGCACCAUCAAUCUUGCAGAGUUCCAGCACGUCAUCUCUCGCUCCCCUGACUUUGCCAGGCUGCAGAGGUGCAUAUCCCAGGAAGCUGCCCUGCCUGGAGGCUGGGCCAAGUCUGCUGGACCAGGAGGGAGCUCUGCUGUCAGCUGAUCCUAAUUCCUUAUGCAAAACAAGUGCAGCUCUGCAUGGGGCGGAGGGAGGAAUACAGAGGUGCUCCUGGCUGGAGCCCUAAGUACAGCCCCUUUAACCCCGUCAGCACCAAUCUGUGCCUUCCACUAGCAGGCAGGGAGCUGUCUUCCUGGCCAGGGCCCUGCCUGGCUCUUCAGUCUUCCCCCAGGCCUCCCUGCAGCAAAGUGGAUUUAUUUCUCAAAGCAAUAAUGUAAGUGGCACUUCAGAUGUCCCAGCCCAGCAGCACUUCUGUCCCUCUCGUGGCUGCACAGGACACUUUGCUGACCUUAGCAGGCACUGUACCUGUGUGCAGGGCAGAGGCCAAGCACCUCUCACCCCAGGGACAGUGAGAGCUGAGCCCCAAAGAGGCUGCAGCCCUGCUGUGCCUCUAACCCCGCCCAGGACCCGGGGUGUUUUCUUUUCUUUUUUUUUUUCCUUUUUCCCCUCCCCUCUUUUCUUUGCCCUCACCGCUUAAGCUCAGCGGUUGCUCUGGCUCUACUGGCCUAGAGCAAACAGGAGCCUGUGCCUGUUGCUCUCUAUGUUCCUGACAAAGGACAAAUAAAGGGCUCGAAUUUCACCCUCA